GACUACAGUUCCACACGUUCACGAGUCAACAGUCGCCUCGCAGCCGCUCUACAGUGCACACCAUUCCUUCGCCAGUCAACCAAAGGAUCGGUUUAACCUCAAUACUGUGAUUCGCUGACACACACACACACACUCCCUAGUACUCCACUCGUUGCAGAUAUUGUUUGCGUCGAAUACCAGACGACUGUUAUUGAGGUUUAUGCACUUGUUAACUAUAUUUGCAAUGGGGGUGUUGUGAAGAAAUGUCCCUAUAACUGUUUUGAUAAUGCUGCCUAGUUAAAGAGCUUUGCUGUGUUGUGAUCUCAAGCCGUCAUCAGCUGGACUUGUUCACCACCGUUACUUCUUUCUGUUAACUACAUAAAAAAUGGGUGUAGCAGCGGCCGUAGUGGUACUGGUGGUGGCGGUGCUGGGGGUGGCGACGGUGAGCUUAGCGGAGACUUCAACGCUCCUGGAGGUGGGCGCCUGUCCGAACGUUACCACACAGCCAAACUUGGACCAACAAAAGCUGGAGGGUCAGUGGUAUCACAUCAUUCGCUUCCCCACUAAUGAGGAGCCGUUUGUUACCUGUACUCGCUCCGCCUACACCUACACAGAUGGCUACCUCGAGGUGAAGACUGAAGGGCGUAAUGCUAGUGACGUGGGUGUGACCAGAUCUGGGGUCCUCGGCCAGAUGCCAGACUCGCCUUCAGGAGCACUUCAGUUAGACAUGGACGGAAUGCCACCGUUGAGGGUAUGGGUAGUGUACACCGACUACACCAGCGUGGCCUGCCUCUACUCUUGCUCUCAGUUCCCUGGGCUGAGGGCAGAGUGGGCCUGGGUCAUGUCACGUACUGUUCGUCCAAAUGUCAAAGUAGUGAUGAGGUGCCGGACCAAACUACGGCAGCUUAAGGUUAACGCCGCCAAGUUCAAGAGAGUGCCACAAAGGUCUAACUGCUAUACCAACUAGUGCCACCACCUUCUUCCCGGCACCGUUCAUAAUUGCCCCCGUUAACUUAAAAACUACACAUUUGACCGUUAAAAUAAUUGUAACUAACAUUGAAUACUACCCAAAUCUUUACCAGUCUGUCAAUAGUGGGUUUGUUUCUGAUCUAAUAGAAAAAAUUACAUGACCAGCUUCUCAAUAGUCUAUUAUGGACGGUUCCUUCCCCAGUAAAUAUUUGAAAGUUUCCAUUUUUAAUAAACUCGAGCCAUA